AACACAUAUGUGUGGUAUAAAAAAGCUUACCGUCUCCGUGAUACACACUCACUCUUCUUAUUUUACGCUCUGCUCUCAGUUCAGAUUUAAUUAUCGUGCCAUUCGCAACAGACCAACCAACCAACCAUUGAAAGAUGACCUCCAAACCCGUGCUGUACUACACCCCUGGUAGUCCACCCUGCAGCUCGGUUAUGCUGUGUGCGGCCGCCUUGGGUCUUGAGCUGGAUCUGAAGGUCGUAAAUCUCAAAGAUGGUGACCAUCUGACGCCGGAAUUCAUCAAAAUGAAUCCCACACACACCAUUCCAGUGCUAAACGAUGAUGGGGUGGUGGUCACAGAUUCCCAUGUCAUUUGCUCCUAUCUGGCCGAUAAAUAUGCCGUCGAUGAUACGCUGUAUCCCAAAGAUAAGACCCAGCGCAUGCAGGUUGAUUCGCGUCUCUAUUUCGAUUGUGGCCAUUUGUUUCCCAGGGUGCGUCUCAUGGUGGAACCAGUCAUAUAUUUUGGUGAGGCCACAAUUUCGGAAGAGAAAAUCCGUUAUAUGCAACGGGCCUAUGAUGGCCUGGAAAAGGCCUUGACCGGUGGAAAAUAUUUGUGUGGUGAGAAUUUAACAAUUGCCGAUUUGUGUUGUGCAGCCUCAGUGGCAUCGGCCGAGAAGUUUGCCCCCAUCGAGGAGGAGAAAUAUCCCAAAGUGAAGGCAUGGCUUCAGUGCCUGUCAGAGUUGCCGUAUUAUAAGAAAUUCAAUCAGGAACAGGCGGAUAUUUUGUAUAAUUUGGUCCAAACUAAAUUCGCAGAGAAUAAGAAAGCUUAGGAUGAUGAAAGCUUAAAAAAAUGACAAAUAUUUUUUUUUGUGGGAAUUUUGAGAUCUCUUAAGGACGGCCUGCUAUAGAGAGAAGGC